CUGGGCUCACGUUGUAUUUUUGCAGAUGGAGCCUGGAGCAGGACGAGAGGAGCAGUGGCCGCUUCGCUUCCUGCCCGUCGCCCUGUUGUUCCCCCUCUCUGCUGAGACUCCCCUCAAACAUGGCCCACACACCCUGAAGCCCACCGAGGAGCUCACCGUCAUGCGUGAUUGGGCUGAGGAGUGAAGCACAUUCCUGGAGGAGCCGAGGGUUGCUGUCUUAAGCUUAUGAGAAACCAUCCUGCUCACACCAUGCCCGUCAAGAUGGCUUCCAUCUAUUCUUCCCCUCACUGGAAUGACCUGGGACAAGGAUGUGUGUUGCCAUGGUGAUCAUUUAUAAGAAAACACUGGAAAAGAAGGGGGCCGACGAUGUGAGAUCCAAAAGGACCGAUUUGGGCUCGUUCCAGGCACAGACCAUGAGCCAGGGGACGGCACUUUUCUCUUGUGGACUCAUGGAGACCAGUCGGUGGCACGAGGUGGGUCAUAGCUGUGCUAUACAGCAGAGGCCAGUAGGAACCAGCCUGGAGAGCCUGUGGGAUGUCCUGCCUGAGGUGCACAAGAGUUCAGCCCACUGGGAGUGGGAUGUCGGCUCCACUUCAAGCACAAUCAGCAGCUUGCUGCAGGACCUUAGCCUGACUGAGGCCGCAGCGUCACACUCGACUGCGCCUCCCAGCAAGCGGCAGUGCCGGUCCCUGUCUUGCUCAGAUGAACUCGGUGGUUGCCGUUCUACCUGGCGCCCUCAGGGCUCUCGUGUGUGGACGACAGUGGAGAAGAGGAGGUGCCACAGCGGCGGCAGCGUUCAGCGCAGCAUUGUUGGCAACGUGCAGCUCGGCUUCCCAGCCAUGCAGCGUAGCUCCAGCUUCAGCCUGCCGGCCCGCUCCAACACCCUGGAGCUGCCCUGCUUCUCCCAGCGUCUCCCCUGCCCCUCAGCUUUCACUGGCCUGACACCCUCCUCCUCCAUGCCCCUAUCCCCAGAGCCCCCAGUGCAGCCCCUCUACCUCUCUCAUGAACAGAUCUGCCUUCCCGAGCCCUGUGGACCCUCUCCACUCAGCUCCCCGGACUCCACUCCAGAGCUGGAGCGUCGUGGUGGACAGGGGGGUCUCCCUCGCAGUCGCUCACAGCCUUGUGUCCUCAACGACAAGAAGAUCGGUGUGAAGCGCAGGAGACCAGCUGACACACACAAACAGAGGCCUUCACUGGAUCUGGCAAAGAUGACCCAGAAACUUCGGAAUUUCCACAGCCUUAGCUGCCCCGGAAUCACAGGCGAAGACAGCUGCGAGUCCAGCCAGGCCCCCCCCACCCUCAUGAGCAGCGCUCAGCAGGCAAAUGGUUGUCAGCCUGAGACCAAAGAGGGUGAGACAACCGGGAACAUGCCGUCGGACCCCACGAUUGAGGAAGUGGAGUGGAACUCCACAGACUGCGGGGAUGUAACACCGGGAACGACCAACGGGAAGGACAAUGAGCCUCUGUGGGCGGAGCUGUGCAGCAUGAGGAAGGACAUGUACCAGCUCGGAGGCGAGCUCGACAUUGAGCAAAUUGAGAGGAACUGAGCGGCGCUGCCUUCCUCAUGGGGGAAGCUAAUUUAGGGGACUGAAAGUUUAUCACCAGAUGGUACGGUGAACAGUACUGAUAGUCUUAAGGACAACGCGAGUGGAAAAACGAAUGCAGAUCCAGCACUUGUCUUUUUUCUUAAGUAGAGAUUGAGCAGAAGCCUUUUUUUGGAUAAAGGACUAUUUUUGGGGACUUGCUGUCGUCAGACGCUGCCCCCCCCCCCCACCUGCCCUCACUGUGCAGUAACUCAACUGUGUCUCAGGAGAACAAGGAAGUCAGGAUGUUGGGUUCUGGUGAACAGUACAGAACUGAUGAAUAUGAAAAUGUUGAAAUAAUGUUGGCUCAGAGACUGGGGUCUUUAACAUUUCUCCGUAAGCCUGAUUACCUUCACUGUACUACGUCUGGAGAGAAUUCACAGCAGGUUUGUACAAAUUCUCUGCACUAGAAAGGGUGUCCCCGACGUUCUUCACUAGUACGAGGUACAUGAUGGACUGACGAGGAGACAUCUUCCAAGAGCUACUGCUAGCAAAGCCCCAGUCACGUCCCCAGUAUAGUUUAUUUGAAGAGCUUAACAUUUCACACGGUAACAUCAGGCUUUCUCUGUGAGAUCUAGGCUCCCGUUUUGUGUGAGAGAAACUUUGAGAUGCUAAUAGCGUUAAUAUUCCUUCUUUUUACAAUUUGUAACUCCAAAGUUAUGUAAAACAUGAGCAUAUUUCUAUACAAAUAAACACAAGUUUUAAAUGUG